CCAGCCAUGGCGGCUUUCGCGCGGCGCAAGGAGCAGCGGCUCUCGCGGCCCGACCCCAGCCGGAAGCGUGCGCUGGACGCGAGAGCCGCGGAGCUCGUGCGGCUCCUGAACGCGCGCGAGCGCUUCUGCACCGCGAGCUCGUGCGACGGGAGGGUCAUUGUGACGGACACGGACGGCACGGGGAUCCAGAAGAAAAACUGCACGUGGCUCCUGGUAACGCAUGACCCGUGUGUCAAAGACGAUGUGAUGACGGCGCUAGAGAAAGCCACUGGUGAUGUCGUGUUCAAGUUUGAACCGUUUGUUCUUCACGUGCUGUGUCGGGAGCUGCAGGAUGCACAGCUGCUGCAUUCAGUGGCUAUUGACUCUGGGUUCAGGAACUCUGGUAUUACAGUUGGCAGAGGAGGAAAAAUUACAAUGGCUGUGCGGAGCACUCACUGCUUAGAAGUUCCAUUGAGCCACAAAGGGACACUGAUGGUCUCCGAAGAAUAUAUUGAAUUUCUGGUACAUGUGGCCAAUCAGAAAAUGGAAGAAAACAUAAGGAGGAUUGACAGAUUCCACAAAGGCCUGGAGCUGGCUCUGGAAGCUGCUGUCCCUGCAGACACCUUGUUUCCCAAGGGGCCAGAGAAGAGCCACUCUGUGUACAUGCACAGAAGAAAGAGAAGGACUGCUCAGGAACAGGCUGAUCCCAGCAGAGAGCUGGAACCCCAGGAUGAUGCUGAAAGCAGUCUUGCUCUGUUUGCUGAAAUCAUGCUAUAGACUAAGGCAUUUGAAAGCAAAUGGUGAACUGAAAAAUUACUCUUUUCUAAGAGAUCUAUAUACUCCUGUGCUCCAAGUAGUAAUACUCUCAUGGACAUUGACCAGAAAGAAAGGGAGUGAGCAGGUGCAGCUAUAGGAUGCAGAGAACAAAUCCGUAGAACGUCUUGGGAGUUUUUUAAGUGUACUGUUGAAUUAACAAAGUGGUAUUCCAUCAGUUAUCCCAGAAAGAGCUGGUUUGCUGCAGCCUUUCACCGUUCUCUGUGGCAGCAUUUCACUUCCAACAUCCUGGGUUUUGCAGAGCCAGCUGGCUCUGCAGGUUUCUUCCUUAGGGAGGUGGAGACAAGCACUGAAGACUAAAGACCAUCCACUCAUGAGACAGCCAAUACCCGAGGUGGAAAUUCCACAGAAAUCUUCCAAAGCAGUGCUAUGUGCACUGGUCUCACACCUGAUGUGCGUUUGGGCAGACUGCUUAAUGUAGGGCUCAGCCUAGGGGCACAAUUUCCAACAGUGCAGAGCUGCUGGCCAGGAGCUGUGUGAACAAAACUGAGUCCCACAGGCCAUGGGGGAGCAGGCAGCUGGUGGGAGCAGCCAAGGGUCCCACAGCAGGCAAGGCACAGUGGCUUCUCAGGUGUGGGGACAUGGCUUGUGUCAGACCUUUGCAGUCACCAUUUCCCACAGACCUUCCUCUCCACUCUGAGGCUCAAACACCUGUCUGGACUGAACUGAAUCCCCAUGGCUUCUCUAGAUGAAAGGCAACAUCUGCAGAGGGUCCUCACCAACCUGCUGCCUUAGCAAAGCCCUGGGGAGCUCCUGUUGCCAUCCCCACUGCUGGGAGUCCCACUGUACUGUUCCUGCAGAUCCCUCUUGGCCAUCUGCAGGGCACAUCUUGCACACAGAGGAGGUAGUUGUUGCUUGUGGAUUUCAGGGAGUUUGUUCAGAAUAGUCUGAACCCUCCUCUGCGUGUGACAUUUAUUAAAGUGUCUGGUGCUGGUCUGUUGGACAUGGCUGGAGGGACUGAUGCCAGAAGCAUGGACCACAAGCAGUGCCCACAGACACUCUUAAUAGCCAAACCCUCACCCUUUGCAACAGCACUGCAGUAUUUACAUUCUGAGAUAUACAGUUUGUCAGAAACUGAUGUGUGGUAUGGUCCCACAUUCCCCUGAAAAAUUAUUAAAAGUUCAGGACUUUUUGGCAUCUUAACACAAAAAUGUUACCCUAACUUGCUGUCUUGUUACUUUAUUCCCAUCAUCUCCAAUGGCUGAAGACCAUUGAGGACUUCAUACUAAAAUUAAACAAGAAAAACAGAGAAGGAUCAGGGGAACAUGUUACUUCAGUAUGUAGAGCAGUUUUUGCAAGGUUUUUCUCAUUUUUUUACACCCCACCCAAGAUUGCAUUGGUGAUGCUGAGGUGGUUUCAGCACCCUGACACCAUUCUGGGACCAGCAAAGCCUUCCAUGCACCACUGCCCUUCCAUCAGGGAUCACUACACCUUGCCCCACGCUCACCCAAGUUCCACCAGCUCAUUUUAAGGUUAAUUUUGUCAAGCUGUGUUUUAUUUCCAACUUCUCUAUGGGAUUCUGAUGGGCUGUAAAUGUGCAGGGCACAGGCAGCCAUUGAGAAGAGCAUCCCAAGGAGCUGGAGGCAGUACCCCUGAAAAGGGGAUUCUGGGGGUUAUGUCUUAAGGGAAAUUCACCAGUAAGCAACAAGACUCCUAAAACUGUCAAAUCUUUACCAUUUGUCAGUGUGCUU